CGUGCGCCGCGGGGCCGGGCGGGAGCGGCCCGGAGCUGCUCGGGCCGCGGCGAUGCCGGUGUGGCUGCGGGAGCACAGCUGGCGCCAGAGCCUCACCGCCGUGUACCUCUCGCUGCCCCUGCGCGGCGCCCGGGCCACCGCCGCCAACAUCUUCUGCAGCGAGCAGUACCUGAAGGUAAGCAUCCCUCCCUUUUUGUUUGAAGCCAUUUUAUAUGCGCCUAUUGAUGACAAAAACAGCACAGCAAAGAUUGGAAAUGGAAACAUUUUCUUCACUUUGUAUAAAAAAGAACCGGCCAUGUGGGAUUCCCUAACUCUAGCAAAUGCUGACAAGGAGAAACUACAACAUCUGAGAGAGAAUGCUGUUCUUGAAGCCCAAGAAAAGGCAAAAGAGGAGACAAAAGCAAAAAAAAUUACAAAACAGGAAAACAAAAAAUAUGCUUUGGAGGCCACAAUGAAGCUAGAGGAAGCAGAAAGAAAAAGAAUUGAAGAUUUAAAAGAAAAGGAGCGGCAGGAGGUCACUAAAGAGUUGGAGUUAUGGAAAAACCAACAAAAAGAUGGUGAUAAAUACAAGAGCAUACAAGCAAAAGAGGAAUUACAUCAAGAAAAAGAGCCAUUAAAAGAGAGAAAAAAUGAAAAACUGAACAAAACUCGGAUUCCUAAUGAAGGAAGUUCUAAGACAAGACUCAAAUCCACAAGAGGUCGUGGUUCCUGUAGUAUAUUUUCACAGGAUUUAAGGGAAGAACAGUUACCAGCUCCCCGAGCUGCUGCUACAAUUAAAGUCAACUUUACACCACGAGUUUUUCCCACAGCUCUGCGAGAAUCUCGUGUUGCAGAGGAGGAGGAGUGGCUGCAUAAACAAGCAGAAGCUCGAAGAAUAAUAAAUUCUGAUUUAUCUGAGCUGGAAGAUUUAAAGGAAGAGGAGAAGAAUCCUGAUUGGUUAAAGGACAAAGGAAACAAAAUGUUUGCAAUGGGAGACUACCUUGGGGCUGUAAAUGCCUAUAACCUUGCAGUGAGGCUGAACAAUAAACUCCCCCUGCUGUACCUGAACCGUGCUGCUUGCCACCUGAAACUGAGAAAUUUGCACAAAGCUAUUGAAGAUUCCUCCAAGGCUCUGGAACUGUUGACACCACCUGUUCCUGAUAAUGAGAGCGCUCGAGUGAAAGCCCACGUGCGACGUGGAACAGCGUUUUGUCAGCUGGAAUUGUACACGGAAGGCCUCCAGGAUUAUGAAGCAGCUCUCAAGAUUGAUCCUAAAAAUAAAAUUAUAGAAAAGGAUGCUGAGAAGAUUCGACAACUAAUUCAAGGAACAAUGCAAAGUUCUUAAUUAAAAAAGUAUAAAAAAGGAACUUUGAUGCCUUUGAGGACAUCAGAAGGAAUCUUAUUUCUCUUCAGUGUGUGUUACCUAGACAUUUUUCUGCUUCACUUGGAACACUUACAAAAUUGGUAAAAGAUUGGAUAUAUUAUUGGAAAGUACAGUAUUUUAAGCAUGAUUAGAUAUAUUUUCUAUAAUUUUGAUACAAAGUUGUUGUAUUUUUGCUUUUUGUUAGCAUUCUAUGUUAUUCUGACAAUCUGAAACCCUGGACUUGAAGUGGCUCCUUUUUGUUAAGUGUUCAUUCUGAACUGGGGCCAUUUCAAUUACACUUCUUUGAGUAGCAGUUUUAGCAGACUUCUGAAUUUUCUGCAUCAGUCUCUUUCCUGAAUACCAUUUAUGACUGAUUUCUGUCUUUGUAAUAAAGUAUUUAUCAUGCAGAUA